GCUCCUCACUCACUGUCAGAUUAGAGUUUAAUCCGAGGAGGAGGAUACUCUGUCAAGACGCUGUCUGCAUCUUGGAAGGAUUCUUGGUGUUUAUGCAUACUAAAUAAACGCGACUUUACGCGCUGCUGUCAUUUUGCCCACGGUACUCGGCUUGUACAUAGAAGAUGAAACGCCAGUCUUCCGUUGCCUGUCCGCCGACUUGCCAAUACGUUAAGAUGUUAGCUGGCUAACUAGCUGAAAAAGAGCAACUAAAUCGGAUUAGCUGCUAACGGCAGCCUCCCUCUAGGUAAUAUCCAGGUAUUAUUUGCUGUACUUGGCAAGUGUUACAGAGCAAGCGGUCGCCUGUUUUUAUUUAUUUUUUAAUCACGUUUCUACGACUGUGUCAAGAUUGCUACUUCAAUAAUUUGCUAGUAUUAAUGUUGCUUCAAGCAAGCUAGGUCACUAGCCAGUCAAACCACAACAAUAGCUGGAGCUCCUUCGCUAGCUAAUCCUUACUGUGUGUUGGAAAGAGCAAACCUAAAACUAGUGCCUCCGAACCCAACUGAAAGUCAAAACGGAGCUGACGGCCAGACCGAGGUGCUAGCUUGUCCUCAGGCUAGGGGGCAAGAAAGCUAUACAAGAUCUGAUCCUCGAAAUUAGCAUCCAGUCGAAGCAAGAAUGUCAGGAAAGGACAAAGACAAACAGGAGAAACAGUCUACAACAGAGCGGCUGAUAAAAGCUGUGCCAUACCCUCCGCAGCAUAAGCUGACUAUGAAAGAGCUCUUUGAAGAUGGCAAGCCCAAUGCAGAGCUGCUCCGCAAUCACCUUGUCAAGGAGGGCAGGGUUGAAGAAGAUGUGGCUCUAAAGAUCAUCAAUGAUGGGGCCAACAUCCUCCGCCAAGAGAAGUGCAUGUUGGAAGUGGAAGCGCCUAUAACAGUAUGUGGUGAUGUCCAUGGACAAUUCUUUGACCUUAUGAAGUUGUUUGAAGUGGGGGGAUCACCCAGUAACACACGGUAUCUCUUCCUCGGUGACUACGUAGAUCGAGGAUACUUCAGUAUUGAGUGUGUUCUCUACCUCUGGUCGCUCAAGAUCAACCACCCCACCACACUCUUCCUCCUGCGUGGGAACCACGAGUGCCGGCACCUCACAGAGUACUUCACCUUCAAACAGGAAUGUAAAAUUAAAUACUCUGAACGGGUGUAUGAUGCCUGUAUGGAGGCCUUUGACUGCUUGCCCCUCGCUGCCCUGCUCAAUCAACAGUUCCUGUGUGUACAUGGCGGACUCUCACCAGAAAUCAACUGCCUAGAUGACAUAAGGAAAUUAGACAGGUUUAAAGAGCCUCCAGCAUUUGGGCCAAUGUGUGACCUGAUUUGGGCUGACCCUGGCGAGGACUACGGCAGUGAAAAGACAUCUGAACACUUCAACCAUAACUCAGUCAGAGGCUGCUCCUACUUUUUCAGUUAUUCAGCAGUCUGUGACUUUUUGGUAAAUAAUAACUUGCUGUCGGUAAUAAGAGCCCACGAAGCACAGGAUGCAGGGUAUCGGAUGUACAGAAAAAGCCAGACCACAGGCUUUCCUUCAUUAAUCACAAUCUUUUCAGCUCCAAAUUACCUAGAUGUCUACAACAACAAAGCUGCUGUAUUAAAAUAUGAGAACAAUGUGAUGAACAUCCGACAGUUCAACUGCUCCCCCCACCCUUACUGGUUGCCCAAUUUUAUGGAUGUCUUCACAUGGUCUUUGCCUUUUGUUGGAGAGAAAGUGACGGAGAUGCUGGUGAAUGUACUGAACAUUUGUUCUGAUGAUGAGCUCAUGUCCGAGGGAGAUGACCUGUAUGAAGGUGGCACCUCAGCGAUGCGAAAGGAGGUCAUCCGAAACAAGAUUCGUGCUGUGGGGAAAAUGGCCCGAGUCUUCUCAGUCCUCAGGGAGGAAAGCGAGAGUGUGUUAACACUCAAAGGCCUGACCCCGACUGGAACUCUUCCACUGGGAGUGUUGUCAGGGGGAAAGCAGACCUUACAGACCGCUACCAUUGAGGCAGCUAAAGCAAAAGCCAUUCAAGGCUUCUCUCCAACAAGGAAGAUCCGCAACUUCGAAGAGGCACGUGGCCUGGACAGGAUAAAUGAGAGGAUGCCACCUCGCAAAGAUGGCCAGCAGCCAGAUGGUACCACGAUCAACACCAACACCCCCAACAAGAAUGGCACUGGAUAGAAAUGCAACCCUCCCAUUUUCACACAACCCACACCACCUGACUCAUUGCCCCUAACCUCUCUCUCUCUCCCCCCUUCUCUCUCUUUUUGUCUCUCUCCGUCUGUCGCCUCUACUGAAACUGCAUAUCCAUCUUCUACUCGCCUGCAGUUGGGCGGGGAAAGGAAGCGGACACAUCAGUAAAUUAAAAACAAAAGGAGGCCACAGCGCUGGGAAAACACUUCCAGCUGCUGAAAAAAGACAAACAUAUGAUAUGUUAUCUGGGGAAAAAUCUAAUCUUAUUUAUGAAAGAUUAAUUAUAUUAGAUAUAUUGUGUGAUAGCAACAAUCAUUGAAUGAAGACAUUUUGCAGUUGUUCAAAUGUAUACUGUACACUGAGGUCCUAACUUAUACAUGUCAAAGGUAUAAAAAAAGGUAAAUUUUAUAAAUUUGAGUUGCUACAGAUAGAUGAAUCCCUUUUAUCCAGGAGUUUUAGUCACUUUAAAGUUUUUUGUGGUCUCCAUGUGUUUGGUAAGGGAAAUAUGAAGUAUGAAUACUGUGGCCUCAACCGCCUCAUUUGGAUCUUGCAAGGUUCUUUGUCAAGAUAUUGUAGGCACUCAAGGGUUCACAUACAGUGCAGUGUUUGCUUAUAUGUGUGUCAGUUGACAGAUAAAUUAUAUUAUUAUAUAUAAUGUAUUGAAAGGUGAAAAAAGAAGGGAAGUAAAUUAUGUAAGAAUAAUUAUUACAAUUUCAUAUUUUAUAUUCAAAGCAUAAUUUUAAUGAAGACUUAAAAUCCUAUUCAUUUUCCAUAAAACUUUGAUGAACCCCCAAAGAUGCUGAAUGGAUUUUUGUUCAGUAUUUUCACUUCCAGAGUAACAACAAUUUCUUCCUGUAUUAUUAUUUGUGAAUGAAACAGUGAAGGUGAAGGAUUAAUGCUUUGUGUGUUGCUGGCAGUCCUGUGCUGGUAUGACUUGUAUUCACUUGAUGGCAGCUAGGAUGUUCUUGCUCCGCUAAACCAAAAAAGGGAUAUACAGUACAGCAUGUCUUACUCUAUCACCACAACCAGAUCUGUCAGUACUCUCACAUAAUGGUUGGAAAGCACUUCUUCUUCUUCUUCUUCUUCUCAAGUACUGAAGUUAAGCUGACCUUUCUGGGGUUGAGCACUGUGUAUGAAGAUUACAGCAUGAGAAACCAACUGACACAAAAGGACACAUUUUCUCUGCGAUCAUCCCUUUGGACUAAAGAGGACAUAUUUGCUUACAAAGCAGAGGAACUGCUGGCCAUACUGUCCUCAUAAUAGACUGAUAUUCAUCGUUGCUUAGGAAAUUUCAGUGUAUUUAACAGAAUCAUGGCAGUUUGAUUUGAUGUUUUAUUGUCAGACACUAAAAAAACGGUGUGUUUUUGGGGCUUUUCUUUGUUUCUAAAGCUGUAUUAGUGUCUCCAUCUACUGUUGAUUAUACAGUAUGCAGAUGUUUUUUGAAUUGUGAUAAACAUACGUAUCAAAUAAGGGAAACAUUUGACAUUCAUUGAAGUGACAGCAUUUUGACGAUGCUGUGCCCAGACACAAUGGACUGAGUCAUUCCUCUCAGCAGGGAUGAUACUAUAAAAGGUACCACCACCACACUAAUAGCUGUCUAUCAAGGCCUAACAGUACUGUAAUCAUCUCAACCAUGGCUGACUCAUAUAUACAGUAUAUUUUUACAGCGCGUGGUCAUACCAAGAUGGGGACCAUUAACACUUGCUGAGGUUGCUGGUGUGUAUAUGUUUUUCUGCUCUGAAGUAUUCAGACAUUGAGCUCUCUUUUGGUCUGAACACCUCCACUCCUCUUUCACAGGCACUCCCAACCCUUUAAGACCUGCUUCUUCAAGGACAUAAGACCAACUCAACUGGUGCUUCGACACACCUGACUGUAAUUCUGUUGUCUUUUGUCAAUCAAGAAAGGAGGAGGAAAUAAGCUUUAAGAUUUGCUAUUCUCUUGUGAUUUUUUUUCUUUUUUCUUUUUUUUUUUUUUAAUGAGGUGUUUGCGCUCAUGUGCCAUGCCACCUUGGCCACACAUGUCAAGAUCCAUAUGUGUGUGUGUGUGUGGAUGGUGAACAGAGUCAAUCCGGGAGACUUUCAAUCACACAUUAUUGAAGAUUAAGUGUCAGUAAUAUUAAUCUCAAGCUCCUUAAAAUUCCCAAAAUGUUGUUUGCCGUUAUGUUCAGUAGACUUCUGGGAAAGCUUCCUAAAGAUGAAAUAUUUCGGUUUACAUUCAUAACUGUGAUAUUAAAAUUUCUUUUAAAGGUAAGGCUUUAUUGGGCGAGCCGUACCGUAUACUGACCUCCUGUUAGGUCCUAUACAUCUUGAAGAAUGUAAAAAAAAAUAUUGUUCAUCAAAAAUCUUAAAAUAGCUGUAAAAAGGGGUGAAAAAAAACUGUACCGUACUUGUCAUGCGAGGCCAUGAAAUCUUUUAUGUAGAUGUAUCACUUGAAAGAAAAUAAUAAAAUUCAAAUACAGUGUUUUA